GGAGUUCAGCCAUUUUGCACCGAGGCUCAAGCAGUUCCUUUUCCGUGUUGAGCUGAAACAUGUCGGGCUUUAGUGCUAAGGAAAUAGUUAUUGAUGCCAGGGGCCAUCUUUUGGGCCGUUUGGCGGCUGUUGUGGCCAAGAAAACUUUGGAGGGACACAAAGUCUCUGUUUUAAGAUGUGAACAAAUGGACAUUUCUGGAAACUUCUUCAGGAACAAACUGAAGUUCUUGGCUUACUUGCGCAAACGUUGCAAUGUUAACCCAGCUCGUGGACCAUUCCACUUCAGGGCUCCUUCCAAAAUUUUCAAGAAGGCUGUGAGAGGUAUGUUGCCACACAAAUUGCACCGUGGCCAAAAAGCUCUUGAUAGGUUGAAGACCUAUGAAGGUGUCCCACCAUUCUUAGACUCUAAGAAACGUUUGGUUGUCCCCCAUGCUAUGCGUAUGCUCUGCCUUAAACCAGGCCGCAAAUACUGCAGCGUUGGACGUUUGGCUAGCGAAGUUGGAUGGAAAUACAAGAACGUUGUAUCUUCCCUGGAAGCCAAGCGUAUCGCUAAGGGUCGCAAGACUGCUGUAUUGAAGGGCAAAUUGAGGAAGAUCACACAAAAGGCUGAGGAGAAAAUUGCCCCAAUCAGUAAACCAUACGUUGAAGUAAUGAAAUCUUAUGGUUAUUAAUUAAAUAACUACAUUUAAUAAAAAAACAGCCUAAAAUUA